AUAAGCUCACUCCACACCUGGAUUCUCCAGGGUGCGUCUGCUCCUCAAAAGUCACACACCAUGAAGAGUUUCCUUGGUCUCCUUCUUGUCGUUGCCAUUUCGGUGAGGCUGUGCAAUGGGGCAUGCUACGUGAUGCCAAAUGCUGCAGGGGAAUCCCGAGGUUGCGAAGAUUCCGAUGGGAUGAUGCAUGAAUUCAAUUCGAAUUGGAAGACUGAAAAUUGUCUCAGCUGCAGCUGCUCCCGAGCCGGAAUUAAUUGCUGCAGCCUCGUUUCUACACCUUUUGGAUAUGAUGAAGUGAAGUGUAAGGAGGUUUUCCACAAGGAGUCCUGCACCAUCACCGUGGUGGAGAAAGACAAUCCCACUAAAACCUGCCAAAUUAAAGGCGCGGUUGGGUAACCACACAGUCUCUCCCGAUGAUGUUGGCUGCCAAGUUCAACUUUUUCCACCCGAAUCCGGUGACCCUUGAAGAAAUGAUCCUGCUUCUGGAACUCAGCUGCUCAUUGGGAAAGAUGGGAAUACCCAGGCCAGAAUUGGCUUGUCUUCCUGUCUCAUUCAACUUGUAACUGGGCUCUAAUGCAUGCUAGACACUUAGUUGCCUGUGUCUCAUCCUCUCCUCUUUGGAGAUGCUCCGUACCUCCACAGAUGAAUUUGACACAUGUUUUUCUCGAAAUUGCUGUCCCCUGAAAUAAAUUAAUUUUUAGCAUGAG